AUGUCACUUCGUGUCACCCGCGCCCUCCAAAGCAAAGCCCCCGCUUUCCCCCACGCGCGGGUACCGCUCCGCGUCCCACCAUCACACUUCUUCUCUUCCUACCCCUCAGCCGCGAUAAAAACAUUCCCAACACCCAGAAAAUCAAUCCUAACCUUCCAAUCCCGCAAUAUGUCUUCCGCCCCUGCUAAAAGAGAGUUCCUCUGCAUCCUGCCCGAUAAGCCCGGCAUGCAGGCGAAGCGUAUUGAGGUUCGCCCUAACCACCUCGAGGGUGUUAAGCCGAACGUUGCGUCUGGUGCUAUUGUUGCCGGUGGCGCAAUGCUCAAUGCUCACCCCGCCGAUGGCGAGAGCCCUUCUUUCAAGGGAAGCAUGAUGCUUGCUGUUGCGGAGAAUGAGGCUCAGGUGCUUGAGCUGCUGAACAAGGAUAUCUAUGUCACUUCUGGUGUGUGGGAUAUGGAGAAUGCGCAGAUUAUUCCGUUCAAGUCUGCUGUGCGUCAGGCUUUGUAG